AAUCUCUUAGAUGGGGUCACCCACGCAGAGUGUAGACCACGGACACGGCUCCCAAGGAGAGCUGACCUGGGCCCUGCUUGCCACGUUGGCGCUGCAGAAGUCUGUGGGCAAAGGGCAUUUCUUUUCCAUGCUUGCCAGCCUGUGCCAGAGGGGCUGAAGAUGCCAUCUCCUCUCAGCCAAGCAGGGCUUGAGGAUCCACCCACUGUCCUUUGGUGGGGGGAAUCCCCUCUGGAGCUGUGCAAAGCAGUGUUCCGUCCUCGGGAGGGACACAGAUGGCCUUUGGUAAGGCUGAGCCCCCUGGCUCUGGGUCCAGGUGCUCCUUCCCUGCCACCAGCCUCGGUGUCCUGGUCACCACCUCUGCUUGGCAAUGGUGUGGUGCUGCAGGGGUCAAUCUGCACAGCCAGGGCCAAGCACAGCCCUUCUUAUCUCACUGCUUUCCGAGCUGCUGGUGACAGCUGGCAUGGGCAGAUAAAGGUACAAGUGCUGCCAGGCAGUAAAUCAUGGCUGCUGCCCUGCCCUGCUCCACCAGCCUCGGCUGGGCAGUGGCAGUGAGAGGAGUGGGAAAAGAGCUUUCCUUGCCUUGUUUUCCCCUCACAGAGCUUCCUGCCUCUGCCAGCUCACUCCUUGUAGACUCUUUCCAUGACUUUUGUCUUCACUGGUCCCCUGGGAGGAAGGGACACAGCCCUGGGGGCUCUGUGUAUAGUUUUGCAUCAGGGUGGCAGCUGAAGGGGUGCAGGAGGGGGCAGCUCUGCCCCCCUGGUUGCCUUUGUUCUUCCUCCUUGUGUGUGGCUUUCCUGUACUGGUUUUUGGGCUAGACAGGGUCACAGAGUGACUCUAGGCCCCCAAUACCAUCUGAACCAAGCAGUGCCAGGCUCAGCCUGGUGCUCCUGUCCCAGCACAUCCCAUCUCCAUCUUCUUCCCAAUGGCAAGAAGGCAACUUGCAGGUUUCUCCUACUCUUUGUGCCGGCAGCGUGGCACGGCAACCACAACCCCAACCACCUGUGGACAGCAUGGAGGAGCAGGGUCUGCCUCUUGGCACCGUGGCCACCUCAGCAGGCUGGGACAGGGCUGCCUAACUCCCUGUUUGUCCCUGAACCACAGGUUGGAGUGCCAGACGAGAGGGGCUCUGUGUCUGCUCCCCGCCCGGGGCCCGCCCUGCCCUCCGCCGCCGAUGGAGUAUGUGGUAAGGACCUCGGUGGAGGGCUCAGUGGCUUCGGUGGUGGAUCCUGCCUGCCUCCUCUGCCUUCUGGGAGGUCUCCAGCCUCUUCCCCACGUCUGCACUGGGAUCUCCUAACCCCCUCUUCAGAGUGAAGGAGAGUAAAUGUUGUUCGGUGCUGCUGUGAUGAGUGGGGGAAAAAUCAGCUGUUGGCUGGAUUUGAGUGUUUUCCUUUGCUUCCCCCCUGCCUCAGAGGUUCAGCAUUGGACAGAGGGGGUCUCCUGCCCAGUGUGAGGUUUGUAUGUGUGGCCACCUGCACCUUGCUGUGAUUUCUUGCCAAACCUCUGCUGUGUUCCAGGCCUCUGACUCGGCUCCCAGUUUUUUCCCAGGGAGGAUGUUGGUAGCAGAGCCCUGAGCAUCCCCACUUUGCUUCUCUUCCUUGCCCCAGCUGCUGUGUGAAUUCCCAGUCUCAGGUGCCUGAAAGUGGUCCACAUCCCUCUGUUCCUCAUGAUCCAGAUCUUUCUGUGGUGGCAGGGCACAUGGAGCAGGACACGUCCCCAGAGCUCCUUGGGGGCAGCAGCUCCUGGCAUCUGCCUGGCAAGGGGCAGGGCUGCAGCAUGGGGAUGGGACUGCCUGUUGAGGCAGGGCUGGUGUUCGGUGCCUUUGCACAUCUCCAGGUUUGCCUCGUGCACUCAGAGCCCGCUGAGGGGCAGCUCUGAUGUAACACAGCUCUGAUGGGGCUGGGGGGCUGUGAUGGCAGCACCUCUGGUGUCCAGGAGCUGCCAUGCAUCUUGUAAUAGGCUCUUACAGACUGGCUUCGAAGGUUCUGACAAAAUCAGGAGUUACUCUAGCUAAUAAAAGCAGAGAUGUGUCUGUGACCGUGUUCACAGGGGUUUUUGGAUCGGGGAAGAGACAAGGAUCUGACUCCAUGUUUCAGAAGGCUUGAUUUGUUAUUUUAUUAUAUAUAUUACAUUAAAACUAUACUAGAAGAAUAGAAGAAAAGGUUUCAUCAGAAGGCUGGCUAAGAAUAGAAUAGGAAAGAAAGUGAUAACAAAGGUUUGUGGCUCAGCUCUGUCCAAACCAGCUGGGCUGUGAAUGGCCAUUAAUUACAAUCUAACAUGGGCUAAUCAAAGAUCUACCUGUUGCAUUCCACAGCAGCAGAUAACCAUUGUUUACAUUUUGUUCCUGAGGCCUCUCAGCUUCUCAGGAGGAAAAAUCCUAAGGAUUUUUCAUAAAAGAUGUCUGCAACAAGGUGUCUGAGCAGGAGCUCCAGCUGGGAGGCUCAUGAGCCCUUUGCUGCCCAGAGGUGAUGGCAAAGGGGCCAAGGAGACCCUCCUGCCCCCUUGCAAUUCCCUCCUGCUCUCAUCCUGGGGAAGCAUCAGGGCUCACAGAGCUGCCGUGCCAGGCAAGCCCAGGCCCACAUCAACCAUUCUGUCCAUCGUGGGCAAACCCCAGUGCUCUGUGGCUCCCCUGGCAGCAGGGCUGCACUGGCCCCUCACCGGGCCAGCAGCUUCCUGCCUCCGGGCUUCCUGCUUUUCUUUAGAGGAGUGCUGCUGCGGCCACAGGAAGGUCACAGCUCUGACUGAGCAGCCAGGGGCCCCCGGAGGGGACAGGCAGUGUGGAACAGCCAGCACGGGCUCCCUGUGCCUGUGGGACCAGGUGGCUGAGCUGGGGGACAUGGCCAAGGAGCUGCUUCAGUGAUGGCCCCACUGAUGUGUGCUACAGCCUCUCACAUCACAGAAGUGGCAAUUUCCAGCCCUGUUGUGGCUUUCCCUGACCCCAUGGCAGUGUGUCAGGCUCUCUGUGCCUGUGGGACCAGGUGGCUGAGCUGGGGGACAUGGCCAAGGAGCUGCUUCAGUGAUGGCCCCACUCGUGUGUGCCACAGCCUCUCACAUCACAGAAGUGGCAAUUUCCAGCCCUGUGGUGGCUUUCCCUGUCCCCAUGGCAGUGUGCCAGGCUCUCUGUGCCUGUAGGACCACCGUGGCUGAGCUGGGGGGCAUGGCCAAGGAGAUGCUUCAGUUACAGGCUCACAUGGUGCCACAGCCCCUCGAAUUACAUGGGGCAGUUUCCAGCCCUGUGGUGGCUGUCCCUGUCCCCAUGGCAGAGUGCCAGGCUUUGUGGAGUGGGGCAGGCAGCUGCCGGUGCCAGGCAGUGCUGGGGGAAGGCUCCAAGCAGGGAGAGCCUUUUCCUUGGCCUGGGUUUACCCAGUUUUGGUUCGCGGACAGAGCACCUGGUGGUUCGUAAGGAUCUGGCUUGUGAUCCUGGGUUCUGUCUGAACUCCUUGCCCCAUCCUAGAGGGGAUGGGGGGAACUCUCGUCCCUCAGUGGGGCCGGGGCUGCGGAGGGCAGCACAGUCGGGCUGGCCCAGGUUCCUGCUGCGUGCAAGUGCGCCGAGGGUGUGACAGCAGGGGAGAGCUGCCCCUGAGCCCCCUGAUCCACAGGUGGGAGUUUCACCCAGCUCCCCCACGCUGAAGGGGCCAACUUUUCCUCCCCCCCGGCGCGUUCCUGCCGCCCUCUCCCGCUAGCUCCGCCUGCGACCUUGAUUUUUCUGCUCCAGAUAAGCGCGGCGUCCCCACCCCUCGCCGGGAGCCCCUCCUGCGCUGCCGCCCCAGCCCCAGCCCCAGCGCGGGCGGGCAGAGCCUGCCCCGCCGCCCGUGAGUCAGCACAGCUCUUCCGAUCGGCCGCAGCCCCUCCGUCUCCGCUCCCGGCAGGAGCAGCCGGCAUGCGGGAAGCAGCAGCGAUUCGCUGCGGCCUCUCCCACGGGCUCCCCGCCGCGGCUGGGGCUUUGUGCUGAGCCCUGCCUUACCUGUGUCCUGCUCCCGGCCGUCCUCUGUUCUCCCAGCAGCCCUCCAGGCAAGAUCUGUGCUGUCAAAGGACUGCACGUCCCCGUAUUGCAGGAAGCUGCGAGCGCCGCUGUCAUCUCAGCAUCGCCGCUGCUCCCCCCGGCAGAGCCCGGCAAGCCAACAGCAGCUGCUCGCCGCCGGCACGUGGGUUGGGUGGCGCUGGCUGCCACACAAGGACCUCGUUCCCUCCUGGACAGUGCUCGAAGCAGGGCUGGGAUGGGCUUGGAUGCUCUCUGUGUCUGCCUCAUCUCCGGGCUUUAAAUAUUCAUGCUUUUGAUUUCCUCUUAGCGGGCAGCGGCGCAGGGGCUGGAGCGAGCUGUGGGGAGGAGGAGGGUGGCCGUGCCGAGCCCAGCAGCAGGGCAGAGGGAGCUGGAGCUGGAUGAAGACAAUGGGUUUUGUUGCUUGAGGACCUCCAGGCUGAGCCCAGAGCGUUCUGAGCUCCCCUCCCUGUGCCAGCAGCUCCGCGGCCCCGUUUCCUCCCGGCUGUGGCGCGUUGCUCUCAGUCUGAACGGAUCUGCACAUCCUUCUGCUGCUGAUCACGACUGAUCAGCUGUGCCAGGCAGCCCCUGGACCCGCUGCCCGGCGUGCCAGGCCCAGCUCUCCCUGCCAGCCAUGUGGGGCUGGCGUGGAUCUGGCACAGAGUUCAGCCAAGGCUUCUGCUUGGGGGCAGCUUCGCGGCGGCUGCAGGCACUUGGACUCUCUGUGGGGCCCCUGUGAGGCCCAGCUGGCUGCAUCCACCCUACUGCCACAGGGACAGGGCGCCUGUGGCCCUUCUCACCUGCCUCCAGCAUGGAUCUCCUGCAAAAGAGCAAAUACAGCCACCUGAGGAACGAGUCUGUCUCCUCUCCGGAGGAGGCCGUGCCAGGCCUGCUGCCCUCCCCAGUGGAGUCCCUUGCAAGCAUGCAGUCUCUGCCUGAUUCCCUGUCCUCCUCCCUCAGCCACGCUGCACCUCUCGUGGAGCUCUCACCUGACUUGGAGGAGAGCCCUACCACCCUCUGCUCCUUCUUCCCCAAAAUGGCCAACCUGAAGCUCUCCAAUCCCGCCAACUUGCUCAGCUUGCGGGGCUCUGCAGCCAGCAGCAGCCCAGGGGAGCCUGGCGCCCCUGGGAUGGCAGCACUAGUGCCAGGGGGUGGUGCCAGCUCCGGCUCAGGGAGACCUGUCACUGUCUGUUCCCAGGAUAUGAACAAGCUGAGCUGUGGGAAGAAGACGCGGGUGGAAGGCGGCCAGCUGGGGGGUGAUGAGUGGACCCGCCACGGCAGCUUUGUCAACAAACCCACCCGUGGCUGGCUGCACCCAGAUGACAAAGUCAUGGGCUCUGGGGUCUCCUACCAUGUCCGGUACAUGGGCUGUGUGGAAGUGCUCCAGUCCAUGAGGGCUCUGGAUUUCAACACCAGGACACAGGUGACCAGGGAGGCCAUUGGGCUGGUAUGUGAGGCUGUGCCUGGUGCCAAGGGAGCCGUGAGGAGGAGGAAGCCCUGCAGCCGCUCCCUGAACUCCAUCCUGGGCAAGAGCAACCUGAAGUUUGCAGGCAUGCCCAUCACCCUGACCAUCUCCACCAGCAGCCUCAACCUCAUGGCCUCAGACUGCAAGCAGAUCAUCGCCAACCACCACAUGCAGUCGAUUUCCUUCGCAUCAGGGGGAGACCCGGACACAGCUGAAUACGUUGCCUACGUUGCCAAAGACCCCGUCAAUCAGAGAGCCUGCCAUAUCCUGGAGUGUCCUGAGGGCUUGGCCCAGGAUGUGAUCAGCACCAUCGGGCAGGCCUUCGAGCUGCGCUUCAAGCAGUACCUGAAGAACCCUCCAAAGCUGGUGACCCCCCACGACAGGAUGGCAGGGUUUGAUGGCUCUGCCUGGGAUGAAGAAGAGGAGGAACCAGCCCCAGAUCACCAGUACUACAACGACUUCCCUGGCAAGGAGCCUCCCAUUGGGGGGGUCGUGGACAUGCGGCUGCAGGAUGGGGCAGCUCAGACCCCAAAUCACUUGGGUGCCACACUGCCUGUUGGCCAAUCCGGUGGGGAGUUUGACCCCCAGAAGCAGCACACUCCUGCCCAAGCAGGGAGAGAGAAGUACCCAGCUCCAGCAGGCACAGCUGGGCGCCCAGAUCUCUUUGAUGACCCGUCCUACGUCAACGUGCAGAACAUAGACAAGACAAGACAAGCUCCAGCUGCCAGCACCCCUGCCACAGCCAACGGCAGCACUCAGAGGGACCUCUUUGACAUGAAGCCCUUUGAAGAUGCCCUGCGUGUGCCCCCCUCUGUGCCUGUGGGGCUGCCCCCUGCCCAGGUUGUGGCCUCCAUGGAGGAGCAGCUGAGGAGGGAGCCCUGGUACCAUGGCAAAAUGAGCCGCAAGGAGGCCGAGAAGCUGCUCAAGGUCAACGGGGACUUCCUGGUGAGGGAGAGCACCACCACCCCGGGCCAGUAUGUGCUGACUGGCCUGCAGGGUGGGCAGCCCAAGCAUCUGCUGCUCGUGGAUCCCGAGGGAGUGGUGAGGACAAAAGAUCAUCGCUUUGAGAGCGUCAGCCACCUCAUCAGCUACCACAUGGACAAUCACCUGCCCAUCAUCUCAGCCGGCAGUGAGAUGUGCCUGCAGCAGCCCGUGGAGAGGAGGCUGUGAGCGCCCAGGGCACCCCAACGCGCAGCCUGCGCCCUGUUCCGUGCCCCAGGGAGCCCUCAGACUCUCCAGGUGCUCCACCGGGACUGAGCAUGGACUUGCCUGAGGACAGGGCCUCUCUCCUUUCACCACGUGGAGCUGGUGGCCAUGGGGGGCUCAGGCUGUGAGUGCCUGCAGGGUAGGGAAUUGUUCCAGCCUUUGCAGAGCAGCUCAGCUCCUACCAAAACCCAGCCCGUUCUUGUGCUCACCAGCACGGGCUCAGGACUGGCAGGGCUGAGCCCCCCUGAGCCAGAGGCAGCCUGUCCUUAUCUCUGGCCCCUGGGCCAACGAGGGGGCCCGUGGGGGGCUCGGCUCCCCCAAGCACGAGGCCCUCGACUGUACCGGAUCACUUUACGUGUUAACUCUGUGCCUUGACCCCGCAGGUCCCACACUCUUAUGCAAGGGCAGGGGCUGGUUACAGAGCCUCCCCCGUGCUCCCAGCACCCUGUACCCCCUCCGUGACAUGCUUGUGCUCCAGGACACGUUGCCACCAUGUCCCCUUCCCUCCCUGCCCGUGCCGGCUGGGCAAGGGCAGCUCCGGGCAGCCCCGGGGGGUUGGCGGGAGGACCCCCCUGCAUGCACAGUGUAACUCCCCCAAGCCAAAGCGCAGCCUCGCAGCCCCUGCCCCGCUAUACCAAAGGAACUGGCGGUUGUAUUA